UUCUUCACGUUCGGGUGUGCUUAUCGCAGCUCACAUUUUGACGUUUUAUUUUCAAGACUGAAAGACGGCCGAUGGCGUACAAGUAAUAAUGAUUUUUUUUGCUUGCAAUAGCAAGAAUUCUAAUCUGCCGUAACAAUCAAUUGGUUACUAUUAUCGGGGCUGUGGAACUGGUCGGUUAAUGUUUUGCAUCGGAUACACAACUAUUUUCGAUCGUGUUUCAUUGUACGCUGUGCUGUGGUGCCAAUCGUGACCUCCCCUUAACGGACAGGGUUGAUUGAGCAUACUGAGCUGACUAUUGCACCGUUGCAAAACAUUAGGGGAGCUCAUCGCUAUAAAAAUAUCAUCGAUAAAACAGAACCCUUUACAAUCAACUAGAAACAAAAACAACCAUGUCGGAUACGGAGGAAGACUCUACAUGCUCGGACAGUUGGCCGAUCACGGAGGAUUGGUUGAUAGAAGUGCUGAAGAAGCAUCACGAGGUGCGGUCUGGGAUAAAAAUUACCGACUUUAAAGUGAAACAGGGCUGCCAGGAUGGGGUGAAUAAUUUAAGCGACAUUCUAUCCGUAUCCGUGGUCUAUGAAUUUGAAAAAGAUAUCGAGCCAGGCGUUAGUCAAUGCUUGGACAUUGUGAUAAAGCUGCUUCCACAGGAUCCAUUCAGUCGGUACUUCGUGACGGAGGCACAGUUCGAUCUUAGGGAAAUCAAAUUUUAUACCAGUAUUCUUCCAGAUCUUCUGGCAUUUCAAGAGCAGUAUAUCCCAAAGGGUGUCGGCAGUAUGGUGAUAUCAGUGCCAACCUGUUUCUACACUCAGUAUGCACCCAUCGGCAGUAACACUACGACUUCGCCUAGCAGUCCAGACUCCACCGAGAGCAUACUAGUAUUGGAGGACAUGCGGUCCCUCGGUUACAAAGGAGCUAAUUUUACGACCGGUCUUACUCUUGGUCAAACGGAAGGAGCCAUACGUGCCAUCGUUACAAUACACGCGCUCUCUCUUGGGCUUAAGAUAAAAAAGAAAGUAGAUCUGAACGAGAAGUAUCCGUUUCUUUUUCAAACGACACGGGCAACGGAGAGCUACCAACAACUAGUCGAACAAGGAAUGCCUCAACUAACCAAAUUUCUUGAGCACAAACCUGGGUUUGAAAAUGAACUGAAAGCGCUGAGCAAAAUUCGUCCAAAAACGAAAUUUCUGAUUGAAACGCUUCUGCAGCCAAUCGAGCCGAUGGGACUGAUCACACAUACGGACUUUUGGUGCAACAAUUUGCUGUUCCGCAGUGAACCGGACGAAGAACGUACCGACAGUUGCACUAUUCUAGACUGGCAAAUGGUUACAUAUAGCCGUCCAACGAACGAUCUUGCCUUGCUGCUGAUUUCGUCCAUUCCGUCCAACACUCGACGUCAGCACACGUCCCGACUCCUUGACCUCUACUAUGGGGCUCUCAAGUCCUACUGCCUUAAAAUGGACGUCGAUAUUGAGGCGGAUCUCGGAUACAGCCGUAACAAGAUGGAGUGCGAGUAUCGGCAAUCAUUACUACUAGCGUUACUAUUAUGCAUUGGAUCGGUAGAUAUCGCAAUAGGUAACGCGGCAGCGGAGCAGCGGCUGCUGGAUGUUUUGCGAGACUUUUACGAAGAAGGCAUUCUGAGUCUCGAAGGCUAUGUUUAAAACUCACAUCACACAGCAUGUCUUGUUGAUUGAUCUUUUAUUAUUCACCGUUUAUCCAUUCAUCCAAAGAAGUUUAUGGCCGCAAAUGCGAACAUACAUGUUUUAAGUCAAUUGCGCACUCUUCUUCAAAUGAAAGACACGUUGCUACACUCGAAGAAUGAUCAAUUUAUUCCUGAAAAUGAAGUUACUAGCGGUCGAUUAGCAAAUAUGUUAUGUGGCCAUUCUCGAGACUGGCCUAUGUGUAUAAUUUUAAACAUUCUGCUGGAAUACAGAGACAACACACAAGUCGAGUAGAAAUCAACUCGACACAUGCACUCAAGCGUACUGCUAUUUAAAUUUUACUGCAGGGUUGGUAGAUUAGUAUGUGUAAGUACAUAUUCAUGAUACCGAGAAAAAAGCUUUUAAUAAAAAACAUCUGCUAAAGCAAUUACAAUGUUUAAAUAAAGUGUU